AUGGCUAAAAACCUGCCCUCCAACACCGCACCAAAAGCAAUGGUCGUUAGAAACGAGUUCUUCAGCGAAAGUAUGGCAAAACCAGACACAGGAAUUGCGCCAUCCACGUUCACGCAAGCUGCCGACGGUGCCAGUCACCACAUCUCUGGUGAAUGUUGUGACGUAAAGCAGAAGAAGAUCAAGUUUGGUGGGAGGGGAAAAGAACCUGGAAAAUUCAUCAAUAACGUUGGAGUUGCCGUGUCUGCUGACAAUGAAAUGUUUGUAACUGAUUGGAACAACCAACGUGUCCAGGUCUUCAGCAUGAAUGGGACCUACCUCCGCCUCUUUCGAACCGUCGUGCCGGGUAAAAGUAAGAAAAUGUACCCUUAUGAUGUUGCUUCGGACAUAGGGCCUGGCUACCUGUGGGUACUGGGGAGGAGCUCGCGCUUUAAUAAAGGACAUGUCGUAAAGUACAGUAAGAACGGACAGCCCAUCCAAAAAUUUGACGUAAGCCUCAAGAGCGUCUAUCCCGCCAUCGCGAUGGACGUGCGUAACAAUAACGUUAUCGUGGGUGACAAAAAAACAGUUAUGAUGUUUGAUCCAAACGGCUCUCGCCUUUGGAGUUCAGAAGUGCGUACGGUAAACGGAAUCUCGGGAGUCACAUCGGACAAGGAGGGAAAUGUCCUGCUGACGGAUGGGUCUAAAGCCAUCCAGAAGCACAAUUCCUCCGGAGUAAAGAUAUUUGAAUUCGGCACCUAUGGAAAGGGGAAGGGGCAACUGAAUCGUCCGACUGGUAUUUGUCUGGACACCUCUGGUCGCAUCAUCGUGGCGAAUUCUAACAACAACCGGGUAGACAUGUUCACAAGCCAGGGCCAGUUUGUCCGCACCAUCGCGAUCAUUACAUACCCGCGGGGUAUCGCUAUGGGACCAUGUGGAGAGUUGGUUGUGACCAGCCCAUUAACAUACACUGUAACUAUAUUUCCACGAGCAAAUGGUGCUUCCUUGAAGCCCUAG